GAGAAGACAGGGUCGUGACCCCAGAAGGUAACGUACGACCCCAGAGGUGAGCGCCGCGCAGUAUUUAGUCCGCCAGUCGCCACGCUGCUCACCUAUCGUCUCUUGAAGAUUGCAGCAGAAGACAGACCAGAAUGACUGCGAUUCUUGCCUUGCUGCUGGCAAUGUCCAUCCUGCUGCCCUCGGGGGCUGUGGAAGAUGUGCAGGACCUGGUCUUUGCGGAAUGGGACAAAGGAAGCUCACACGAACACGCCUGCUCCGCUCUUCGAAACUCGUCAGUGAUUGAAAAAGGACUGACCGUGAAGGAGGUCGGGACCUCUAAAUUUGCGGCAGUCCUCAGUGAACCAAUACUCGCCAGGUUGAAAUUUCAUGGCUUGGUUGAAGCCGUCCCUGUUGUAGAAGUUGGUACUGUGAUGAAGAGAUUGAAUGUAUCGAUCCCACCAGCUCAAGACAUAAGUGACAACAAUCUCACGCUGAUUAAAAUGAGUCCCAAACUCAAAGGACAAACUCUCCAGCAGAUCGACGCCGAGCUUAGAUACUUGGGCGAGUACAUGAACACCGUCCUACAGAAAUGCUCUCACCGCGUUUACAUCUCCAAAGGCACCUUUCCCCCAAAGAUCUACGUUUUCCUCAACAUGCCCCUCGACCAAAUUCGCCAAUUCUAUCCUAGCCUGGACAUUUUCGGAGGGCCUAGUUCAACCAAGAACGAGAUUUCCUACGUCCAGAUCCUUAUCCUUAGAAAUUAAUGCGCAUUGACCAGCAGUGGAGUACAGCUGCAGGUGCUCAGUGUUCACAGCUGGACGUUCAGUGUUCAGCUGACGAGAGUUCUCUCUCCCUACCUUUCGAAUCACUGUGCAAAAUGGCGUUGUAUUGAAAGUACCGAAAAUAAAGCAAUCAUAAUUUA